GCAAAUUUGCAGUAGGUGUCAGCUUACCGUCUCUCGGCCAGUUAUUUUAGAUUUUAUUCUACGAUUGUUCAUUGUUACUUGUUAGUACAUCUUAUUCAAAGCCGUGGAUUCAUGAUGGGUACAAAGGAGGCUGUGCAGGACGCUUGCCGUUCAUUCAAGGCCGGCGAUGUCGUACUUUGCUGUGAGCCCUUGGUGUGGGCGCUGGAGAGGAGCGCCUAUGAAACUCGUUGCGCCUACUGUCUGCUAGAAAAUCAGGAACUACGAACCUGUUCGGGAUGUAAACUCCACCGCUAUUGUAGCGUGGCUUGUCAGGCUGCUGACUGGAAGCUGGAACAUAAUCUGGAAUGCGCCGUACUGAAGACGGCGCCUGUUGGCAAUACGAAGAUGGCGCGCGACAGCAGCAUGCCGUACAAGCUGGACGUGCCGCGAGAGUUCGUCGCCAAGCUGGUCAACAAAAUCAAAUUAAACCCGAUGAUGGACAUCCCGGAAGUGGGCCGGAAAUCUUUUAGCGAUCUUUUGCUCAAGCUGCCAACAAAUCCCGCACAAUCAGAAAUCGAACGGCAGCUGUUACCAGGAGUCUCCGCUUGGGAUCCGGAGAGCAUAUUAACGGGCGUACCAGCCGAAGUCUUUGUGGCCUGUUACGCAACUCUCCGCUAUAGUGCUCUGAACAUGUACGACGUGCUGGGAACCGCGUGCGGCGUGGCAGUGUAUCCGCAGGCACCGCCGCGACGGAUGACGCGGGUCUGCUGGGACAUCAAUGUGGAGCUGAACCGCCAGGGACGGCGACUGGUCAUCCAUGCCGCGGAAGACAUUCCACAGUAUACCGGACUGCGAGAUCUGCGGUACAGUGACCUACAGGAACCUUUCUGCCGGACAAGAGCCGAGCGUCGAGCUGUAUUUCAAGAACGUUACGGUUAUCUGUGCACUUGUCGCCGAUGCACGCCAGAAUAUGAUGCCGAGAUUAACCGGUUACGCUGCGUAACGGUGGGCUGCAUGAACCAGAUUCCCAGUGACAGUCGUGCACUGCAAGCCUGCUCGGAAUGCGGCGCCCUGAACGGCGACCGGCUACAACAGUUUCGGCGGUUCAUCCAGCAGUUUGAGACCAACACGACGCGGUACUCACUGGAGCUCCAGGACGUCCUGGCCAUGCAGCUCUGCCAGGAGAUGGACGCUGCUGGCAUCCUGCAGCCCGAUGCGCAUUUCCGCUAUGUCUGCGGCUGGGAAUUGCCGAAGAAAUAUUUCGCGGAUAACCGUUUUGAAGACGGUUGGAAAAUGACGAAGGAGUUGGUCGACUGUGUGCGGAAGAUAUAUCCAAAGUAUGCAGUGUUCCGCGCUCGCCUGUUGCUUUCUGCGGGACUGACUGCCGUUGAUGCUCUCCACCAUCAGAUGCUGAUCAGUGGAAUGGACCACACGUCGAGGCCGGCAGAUAGGAAGCUGGAAGCAUCAGCGAAUGAAGUGGUGGCUGUCAAUAUGGAUUACUGUAGUGAAGCUAGGAGCAUUUUUGUAAAAAUAUUUGGUGAGCAGUCUAAGGUAGUCCAAAAAUGCGAUGCGGAUUGUAAGCAGGCAGAUAGGAAACUGCUCCACAUCCAGCAGAUUCUUCGCACCACAAAAUAGUUGCUGGUUGAUGCCGUUCUGCUAGAUUUAGCGUUGCGCUAUGUUUUUUUUAAGGUAAAGGAUUGCUUUAAAAACCUGUUAUAGGAAUACUUUUCGAUGGUGUUGUUUAAUUAGCCGAACUAGUUAUCUGCUUUCUGGCAGUGUUAUACUGAAGUUUCUUAUUGGGACAGCGUUUUUUCUUGUCGGCCAUGAUCUAAGUUGCAAUA